AUGUCAGCUGCUGAGGACAUCAGAACCAGGCUUCCAGAGAAAAGGGCAGGAGAAAGGCCUGGGGACAGGGGGACAGAAGGCAAUAAGGCAACAGGAAGGGGACAGGGGAAAUGCCAUUGUUGCUGACCUGGGCCCAGGGAAUGAGGAUACCCGGCCCCUGCUGCCCCCCUCACUGCAGUCUCACCCACAUACCUGCCAACCCAGGGAGCCAGACCCAGCCAUGCCUGGCCAGACUGGAGAGAAGGCGUGGGCCAGGCGAGAAGAGCCGCGGGUGUUUGCUCUGAAUAUGUGCCCAGGGAAGUCCGCCUGCCCGCCUGCCCACCUGCUCACUCUUGCUUGGCUCAUUGGCUCAGAAAGCCCCACCCAGCAAGGGAGUAAGAAACAAAAGCUACCUUUGGGAGGCCCUCAGGCAGAUGGACAAGCUUAGGGACCGGAGAGCAGCUGCUGGACUCAAGAAAGAACAAAAUAUUCCCUGAUUUUGCAACUGAAAGACGGAAGUUCAAGAUCAGCUCUGCCACUUCCAUCUGUGGAGCCUUGGGCAGGUGUCUCUGUAGGCCUUAGCUUACUCCCCUGUGAAAUGGAGAUAAAGGUGAUCUACCCCACCAAGGCAUUUUGAGUGAGGACAUGAUGACACAGUGGUUGUGAAACGACUUUGCCAAUCACACCUUUAACAAAGGACACCCAUUUCCAGGUUCUCCCAGGCCUCGUAGUCCCGAGGCCUGCGUGGGUGCACACGGCUGCAGGCCACUCACAUAAGGAACCAUCAGCAUGAACUGGGCAUCUCUGCAGGGCCUCCUCAGCGGCGUGAACAAGUACUCCACGGCACUGGGCCGCAUCUGGCUGUCCAUAGUGUUCAUCUUCCGGGUGCUAGUGUACGUGGUGGCAGCUGAGGAGGUGUGGGACGAUGAACAGAAGGAUUUCGACUGCAACACCCGCCAGCCGGGCUGCUCCAAUGUCUGCUAUGAUGAGUUUUUCCCCGUGUCCCAUGUGCGCCUCUGGGCCCUGCAGCUCAUCCUGGUCACGUGCCCCUCGCUGCUUGUGGUCAUGCAUGUGGCCUACCGGGAGGAGCGGGAGCGGAAGCACCGCCUGAAACAUGGGCCCAACGCCCCAUCCCUGUACGACAACCCAAGCAAGAAGCGGGGAGGGCUCUGGUGGACAUACUUGCUGAGUCUCAUCUUCAAGGCCGCCGUGGACUCUGGCUUCCUCUACGUCUUCCACCGCCUCUACCAGGGCCAUUACGACAUGCCCCGUGUGGUGGCCUGCUCUGAGCUGCCCUGCCCCAACACCGUGGACUGCUACAUCUCUCGACCCACGGAGAAGAAGGUUUUCACCUACUUCAUGGUGGUCACAGCUGUGAUCUGCAUCCUGCUCAACCUCUGUGAGGUCGUCUACCUGGUGAGCAAGAGGUGCCUGGAGAUCCUCGGCCCCAGGCGCCAGCGGUCUCGGCACCGGAGUCGCCUUCCUGAUUCGUGCCCACCAUAUGCCCUCUCCCACGGAGACCACCCCCAAAAUGAGGACUCUGUCCUUACAAAGGUGGGCUCAGCCGUGAUGGAUGCAGGCGGGUAUCCAUAAGCUGUGAGGCUAGCAGCUGGGACCGCCUGCUCCUUAAGGCCACAGCAGGGCAGUGGCGUCUUUUCUGUAGCAAGGCAUGUGAAGAAGAUGGUCGUGGGGCUCAAGAAGCCCAUCUAGGGGCCAGUACUGUGGGGAAGUUGUAUCGUUGGGUCUUGAGCCCCAGGAGAGGGAGGUUAAUGGAUGGUGGGGAUUUUAUAUAUGGUAAUAUAUUUUAUAAUAUUAAAGUCAAAACACUUAAUAAAUAUGAUUUUCUCAGUA